AUGCGUGUAGCUUUUCUGUGCUUCUCUAUUCUUUUAUUAGAACGAUUACAGAGCUCUAACUACCUCCCGAUAGCAGUGCAAAUUAGGCUAACAAGGCAUGAGAUCGUGGGCGUCGUCACCGACGUCGGCAGCGGCGUCAAGAACUUCAAGGCCGGCGAGACGGUGGGCGCGGGGUACUUCCGCGACUCCUGCCGCACGUGCGACAGCUGCAGCAAGGGGUACGAGAACUACUGCCCCACCCUGGUGCUCACCUCCAAUGGCGUGGACCGCGAUGGCGCCACUACCCAGGGCGGCUUCUCCGACGUCCUCGUCGUCAACCAGGACUACGUACUCCGCGUCCCGGAGAGCCUGCCGCUGGCCGGCGCGGCGCCGCUGCUCUGCGCCGGUCUCGCCGUGUACAGCCCCAUGGUGAUGUACGGACUCAACGCUCCCGGGAAGCACCUCGGCGUCGUCGGCCUCGGGGGCCUCGGCCACGUGGCCGUCAAGUUCGGCAAGGCGUUCGGGAUGAUCGUCACCGUCAUCAGCUCGUCGCCGAGGAAGCGCGAGGAGGCGCUCGAGCGCCUCGACGCCGACGCCUUCCUGGUCAGCCAGGACCCCAAGCAAAUGAAGGCGGCGGCGGGCACGAUGGAUGGAAUCAUCGACACGGUGUCGGCGGGGCACCCGAUCGUGCCGCUGCUGGAGCUGCUGAAGCCGAUGGGGCAGAUGGUGGUGGUGGGCGCGCCGAGCACGCCGCUGGAGCUGCCGGCCUUCGCCAUCAUCUCGGGCGGCAAGCGCCUGGCCGGGAACGGCGCCGGCAGCGUCGCUGACUGCCAGGCCAUGCUGGACUUCGCGGGGAAGCACGACAUCACCGCAGACGUUGAGGUCGUCAAGAUGGACUACGUCAACACGGCGGUCGAGCGGCUCGAGAUGAACGACGUGAGGUACCGCUUCGUCAUCGACGUCGCCGGCAGCCAGCUGCAGGGCGCCGCCGCUUAGUUCCAAGCUAGCCCAGCUAAACCAAUCACGACCCACUGUUGGUUUCAAAAAAAAGAAAAAAACACGACCCACUGUUUCCAAACAUUGUACAUCUUAUCUUCCCUUU